AUGGAGCUCUUUCAACAGAACUAUGAUAUGGAAGCAUACCAAGCCACCCUCUUUGCAGAAGCAGGGAUCAAUGAAACAGAGAUCCUGGAGGAAACCAACAUGCAAGAAGAAGGAAUGCCUUCACUACUGUCCCUCAGGGAAAGGUUUCGCACCUUUGCUGCUGCUGCUGCCAACCAAACUGCCUUGAUGCAAGCUAUUCGAAACCGCCCACAACAAAUUCAAGCAAUGCAAGGAAUCCUACAAAAGUGCACGGCUACACCUUUGGGUAGGACAAAUAAAUACAAAUACAAAUACAAAUACAAAUACAACAAACAACAAACAACAAACAACAAACAACAAACAACAAACAAGCAGAGUGGAGAAAUUCAAUAUAAGGGCUUCCACUUGGAAGCUGGCCUGGCCUUGGAUGGUUCCUUCACCCAAAUGAUUUACUCUGGUGGCCAAUGGGGUCGUGUCUGUCUUGGUGGGCUUCAUUUGGGUGCACAGGUUUCCUGUGUUUGUGGAUGUGUCUAUACCUUGGAUGCAUUUCUAGUUCCCUGUGUUUAUUGGCUGGCAGCGAUUGAUAUUCCUGUUGGGUUUUUCCCUUACUCCUUAUCAGUGGUGUGA